GUGGGCUCGCUUCUCGAGCGGGAAUCGAGUAUGACGGGGUGUUUGACUGGACUGUACCCGGUCCAAGGGGGCAGCAUUCACGACGGAGUGCGACCAUAGCCGGAGGGCAUGCUGGGACUAGCGGCGGCGCACGUAUCUGCGCAGCGUGCGAUGCACGAAGGCGGUAGUGCUGGCAUAGGUGUUGAGGAUGAGAUAUUUAAUACCCUGCGUUGUCUUCGUUUGCAUCGCCUUCUUAGGUUGCAUGCUUAGCGCUGCUAACGACACUCGCUCGCACAGGCAUGGUUUGCAUGCUGGAGUUUGCGACAUGACCUGUAUGCCACGUACUUCUACGCGAGUCUUCCGAGGGCACGCCCGGUGGAGAUGGGCUCAGUAGGCAUGGACAGGCUGAUCUCGUAGUGGUGAUAGCGAUUGGUGUUGUGGGCAAGUGAUGACGUACUUACUAUUCGUCAGUCUUGCUACUGAUCAAGUUGUAAGGUGUACUGAUGUCCAGUUUCUAGAUAUGUAUAUUGUAUCAUAUUCAGAAUAUCUCACACUCUAUUUGGAUGCACUAGCAUGAUGGACCCAUGUUUUGACUGAGUGCUGACAGGGUUGCUGUGAGCCACAGUGCACCUGAGGUUCCCAUCCUUGCUGCCUGAUACAUAGUGUAUGUACUGAUGAACGACUGCCCGGUUACCCUAUUGGUUACCCCCCAGACAAUGGUGGGUGACCUCGGGGGUUAAAUACACCAGUAACCCGCC